UACAUUUUUUUUUUCAUCUUGGCGGCAGUUUUCAAGAAUUUAGUAGUGUUCCGCCGCCACCUACAAUAAUUAUCUUUUUCUUUCGGUUUUGUCGAUCCUGACGAACGGUCGUGCAAAUAACAUUCGCCGUCUGUUGAAGCUGUGCCGCACAUUAUUCCGAAACCAGUUCGUCAACUAUACGUGCUCGCUUUACAAUUCCAUUAACAACAAUAACAACAACAACAUCAACAACAUCAACAGCAACAACAAUAACAACAGCAUCAGUAUCAUCAACAACGACACUGCAAACACCGACGGCUGAUAUAGCACAGUAUAUUGCACGUACAUCUGCGUGAUUCUGAAUGACAUAAUAUCCACGCCGGCGGAGGUGACUAGCAAGGAGACAAAAUAGACAUAUAGAGGCAGUCGAAAUUUAUAACGACUUGACGUGACUUUACAAUAUUAUUGUUAUAAAGCCGGGCCGCGAAGACGCAUCACGGACAGGCGAGACGGCAAAAUGUUGUACGAUCCGCCGAAGACGACCUUGUACGUUUGCACCAUACUCCUUCUGCACACGGCCGGGGUAAUCAUUUGUACAACAAUUAUACCAGACACUAACCCUACACCUCCUCUAGAAUUUCCAUCAGACGGAUUACAUGUAAGAAUCUUACAAGCAGCUGAACCUUAUAAUUUAACUAGGCCACCAAUGUUUUAUUUUGGAAACGAUGAAACAAUAACGGAUGGACCAAUUAACAAUCUUCAAGAAGCAAUCGAAAAGCAACUUAAGGACGGAGAAUCAAAACCGUCUUCACAACCUAUCAAUGUCAUCGCUAAGAUAUCAGAAAAUUAUACUGAAAAUUAUAUUGAAAAUAAAUAUUACAACAAUCACAUUGAUAACUGGACAUCGAUUACAUUAAGUUUACUUGUACUUACAGUUAUAGCAGUCAUGGUGCUAGCAUGUUCUGCAUUAUGUUUGAAAAAAGUGCAAAACUUGAAGAUAUCAAAACGAGAGCUGCUGAUAGAAGAUUGUGAUGAUUCUGUAAUGAAAGAUUUGAUACACAUUCAUCGUGUAUAAAUUAUUUACCGCAAAUAAAGAAAUAUAUAUCAAUAAAUGCAAA